CCGUGCGCGGACAGACGUGCCGGGAGCGCCGCACCGCCCGCAGCCCAGCCGCGCCGCGCCGCCCGGGCUGUGCCCGCCCGCCUGCCUGCCCGCCAUGGUGUCAUGGAUCAUCUCCAGGCUGGUGGUGCUUAUAUUUGGCACCCUUUACCCUGCAUAUUAUUCCUACAAGGCUGUGAAGUCGAAGGACAUUAAAGAAUAUGUCAAAUGGAUGAUGUACUGGAUUAUAUUUGCACUUUUCACCACAGCAGAGACAUUCACAGACAUCUUCCUUUGCUGGUUUCCAUUUUAUUAUGAACUAAAAAUAGCAUUUGUGGCCUGGCUGCUGUCUCCCUACACAAAAGGAUCCAGCCUCUUGUACAGGAAGUUUGUACAUCCCACACUGUCUUCAAAAGAAAAGGAAAUUGAUGAUUGCCUGGUUCAAGCAAAAGAUCGAAGUUAUGAUGCCCUUGUACACUUCGGGAAGCGAGGCUUGAACGUGGCAGCCACUGCGGCCGUGAUGGCUGCCUCCAAGGUGGCUCGACUCUUUCAUUUUGUCUCCUCUUUGGACCUCAGAGAAGGGCAGGGACAGGGUGCCUUAUCGGAAAGACUCCGGAGCUUCAGCAUGCAAGAUCUCACCACCAUCAGGGGAGACGGUGCCCCUGCUCCCUCGGGCCCUCCUCCACCUGGUUCUGGGCGGGUCAGUGGCAAACACAGCCAGCCUAAGAUGUCCAGGAGUGCUUCUGAAAGUGCUGGCAGCUCAGUGUGUACCUGCUGCUCCACCUGCAGGACCCGGAAAGUGGUUGAGGGAGAUGUGAAUGAGGGUGGUGUGAAGGCAUGGGCACCCCGCCAGGUCCAAAACCCACUGGCAUUUUCUGACGAGGAGGAGGAAGACCUGCUGGAGUUCAUGUACAAGUAUAAGGCACCAAGAAGGACGGAGUUGCCCCUGGAGGUACCGCCUAGAAUCCUUCGUUCUCGCUUCAGGAAGAAAAGUACCUCAUCCUCGGCCACUGAAACCACGUGAGUGAGAUGAGCCAACAGCACCGGAUCCACAGAAUGUCUCUUCUCUGCCUUAAAGAGCUAGUCACUAAUAACACAGAAAUCCGCAGGCUGGGUGUGCUUUGAGUGUGCAACCUCACAGACAUGGCCUUUACUCACUCCCCUUCCACCUUUAAGAAUUCCUUUCUUUUUUUCCUUUGAAGUUUUACUGGGGAGAGGCUAAAGGGAAAGGCUGGGGGGGUGGACCUUUAAGUCUUCUGAGGUUAGUAAUUUUCCACAAUUGGAUUGUCAUUACAGAUAGCAGUGUGUUUUUAGAAAUGCAAGUGAUAUCACCCCUAUGCUGCUGAGAUGUACAUUUGUAAUUUAUCUGUUGCAUAUUUAGUUUUUAGUCCUGUAAAUGCAAAUGAAGCAAUUUUAAAAAAAACAAAACUUUUUGUUCUUGGUACUAAUACUUUGGACUACGAUGUACAGAUUUAUGGCUUUGGCUUAAUAUAAUGAACUUGCAAGGGCUGCCAGAGGUUCUGAUGAGAAAACCGCAAAAACACCAAUGUAAGCAAAUAUUUUGAUUCUAGAUGAUGUCUCUGAUGUGCUUGUAAAAAGCUUCCACAUCCAACUCCAGUAGAACAGCCCUUUUCCUGAAGGAAGAUGGUCCAUUUCUUCAGACGGUUGUGUAGUUAACAGGCAGGGGAGUCAGGAGUGCAGAAGGGCAGUAUUUUAGCAACAGCAGAGCGUGUCGGUGAGAGGUCAGGGCAACGACGUAGGAUAAGGAAAGUCAGGAAGCUCACCUCCUGUUUGGAUUCAGGAUGAAGAACUUCUGAACCCUUUGAGCUUAAAAUGCUACUGCCUCAGGCAGGCGGCUCUACCUUAGCAAAGCUUCUCCAGCUUAGGAACUCACAGCUGGAGAAAGAAUUGUGACCAUUUCAAAAGUGCUUGGCAAGCAAGUACUUCUCCUUCAUAGGUAGAGGAGCCUCCAAUCUGAACACCUUGUUUUUAGAGAACACUACACAAAAAUGAAAAAACUAGAACUAUGCUUUGUUUCGGGUAUGUUCUAGAUGGCUGUAUAACCAGCAUGUUACACAGAGUUCUAGAAAGGUUAGAGGUUGAGAUCUUUGGUGGAUGACUCGCUGCUCAGACACAUGGGCAGCUGUGGCUCACCGUUCUCCCCCUGGCCGUGUGGAACGCGAGCAGAGGUGGACUCACGCUCACGGCACUCAGGUCUCACUGGUGUUUUACACAGGCCAGGGCUGCUUCGUAGGGGAUAAAGCAUUGAGGAUUUUGAGACGAACCUGGCUUAGACAACAUUGUGAUCUGAGGUAGCUGCCCUCCCUUCUGGGAGCUGAGCCAAAAUGUAGGACUAGUAUAUUUGUGCUUAGAGUUGGUGUUUUCUUUCAGUGUAAUGCAUGCAGUCAGUGGUCACAACCCAGUUACUCAUAUUUGGAUUGUGUUUGUUCAUAGAUAUGCCCUGAAAUCUAGACAAGUAGUGUUAUAUACAACAUAUUAACUGUCAAGCGACUACAGACCCAAUUAAAAACUGCUCCAUUACUGAGCUGCACAAACACGUAUCGAUGGCCUUUGCUGAUAAUGUGUUAGCUAAAUCAUAGCCACCUCACAAAGGGUUUAGUUGAGUUCAUUCCUGCCAGGUGUACAUAUUGAAAUUGCUUCUUCCCACAGUUCCUCUGAAGGUGAUUUUGUAAUUUACAAAGGGAUUUAAGAAAAUAAGACUAAAAGCAAAUUCAUGGCUGCGAGGACAAAUAGAGGCUGUCAGCCCACUGUCUGUGCCUCACACCCAUGAACACCUGAAUCUGUUAGGGAAGACAAAAAUCUGUUCUCUUCAAGCUCUUUCGAAUAGUUCCAGACAGGAAAAAUAUACUUAGUUGGGUGUACUCAGAAUUAUCAGAAGCAAGUGCAAAAAAAGCUUAAGUGAAGCAGCUUUUUAGCAAUUUUUUUUUUGCCAAAAUAAUAAAUGUCUUUAGCAGUGGAGCUCAAAAUUCUAUUAUAUUUUCACCAUUUUACAAUGGAAAGUUAUAACAAGUUUAGGCUAUCAAGUAUGCACUCAACUAUGCCAAAAACAGUUUGAAGCACUGUACUUUCAGACAUGCUGUAUUACUUCUCAUUCAAGAUUAAAAAAUGUAAAGGUAUCCAAACUAUUGUCUUAAUGUAAAUGUAACCAUUUUUCUUUCAAGUGUUGACUAGGGAGUUGAUUUCUCUCUUAAAGUCACUCACUGUACAACUGAGAGCAGCUGUCAUAUUUCUGCAAAAUGUGUUUACUUACCUGACAAGCUGUAUAUUUGUGUAUGGACUUACAUAAAAUGUGAAUGCCUAUCAGUGUACACAUUGUAGUGUGGUGUUCUGUCUAGAGGAUAUAAAUGAAUGUUUUUAAUUUGCUGACAUACAGACCCAGGCUGUUUACAAAAUGCUAGCUCGAAAGUCUGUAAUUUUCAUGUGAUAACCUUUAGUUACUUGCCAUUGAGCAGGUGUCCCAUUUCUGAGGUAAGAUGUGGUCUUGUGCUUAUCAACUGGACAGUUUAGUCAUAAUUCCUCCGGGCUUUGUGUGAAUAGCUUGCUCACUUUGCUGGCCUUUGAAAUGUGUGUCCUCCGUGGUAAACUGUCCAUGUGUUUGUGCUAAGAGUGCUUGUCAAUCAUGACCAUCAUUGAGCCUUCCUACUUCUUCACCUUGCACAGUAUUUGAAUGACAAAGGAUGUGCUUCAUCCUCUAACAGCGUACACUCAGAGCUGAUGUUCUGGAUUGUAACUGUGCACAUUUCCUCUAGUUUAUAUCUGAAGUCUCCAUAGAACCAUCUAUAAUUAAAUAGUAUACUGGACUGUGUAUCAAAGGGAUGUAAAAUUACAGUAUUCCAAAGGCUGAAGUUCUGUUGUUUUGUUAUAAUGCCUGAUAAACAUCUUGAAUAAAGUCUUAACAUUUUCUUUUAAAAAUAUCUUUGUAAUGUUGGGCUUCUGAAGAAGGAGGAAAUACUUUUUUAAAAAUA